AAAUUAAGCAGAAAAAAACUGCGACCAGAUUUUUGCGUACUGGAAAGAGGGAGAGAGGAGUUGUGAGUCUUGAGUUUUUGUUUGUGUUUGGUGUGGGAGUGUGAGGGAGGAAGAAGAAGAAGAAUGGAAUUGUUGCAGAGGCACAGAGCAGAAAUGGUAAGCAUCGCAAUGGCUGUGGUGGCCAUUGGUGUUGGUACGGCCUACUAUUUCUACAUCACCAACAAGACAAAACAGAAAGGUUGCUUGGAUCCUGACAAAUUCAAGGAAUUUAAACUUGUUAAACGCACUCAGCUCAGCCAUAAUGUCGCUAAAUUUAAAUUUGCUCUUCCAACUCCAUCAGCAGUGUUGGGACUCCCUAUUGGACAGCAUAUGAGUUGCAGAGGAAAAGACAGCCUUAAUGAAGACGUCGUCAAACCAUAUACCCCAACAACUUUGGAUUCAGAUGUUGGAUACUUUGAAUUAGUCAUAAAGAUGUAUCCACAAGGAAGGAUGUCUCACCACUUCCAAAUGAUGCGCGAAGGUGAUUAUCUAGCUGUGAAAGGACCUAAGGGACGAUUCAAGUAUCAACCUAACCAAGUUAGAGCUUUUGGGAUGCUAGCUGGAGGCACUGGCAUCACUCCGAUGUUCCAGGUUGCUAGAGCCAUAUUGGAAAAUCCCAGUGACAGAACAAAUGUACAUCUUAUAUACGCCAACGUCACAUACGAGGACAUCCUAUUGAAAGAAGAGCUGGACAAUCUUUCCAGUAACUUUCCCAAUCGUUUCAACAUUUAUUAUGUUUUGAAUCAGCCCCCUGAACAAUGGGAAGGUGGUGUUGGAUUCAUAUCAAAAGAAAUUAUUCAAUCUUACUGCCCGGCGCCAGCACCGGAUAUUAAGAUUUUGCGAUGCGGACCACCACCGAUGAACAAGGCUAUGGCUGCUAACCUCGCGAGUCUGGGAUACAGUCCAGAAAUGCAGUUCCAGUUUUAGGUCAUUCAUGGAGCUUUUGUGAUGAUCUCCGGCGGGGUUUCCUAUCUCUAGCAAUAAAAUAAAUAAGGAGCAUGUUUGUUCAGGAUUACCAUUAUUUAUUUGUCCUCGGACACCCAAAAUUUGCUUCAUAACUUGUUUUGGCAUUAACCACAGAAAUGCCUUCGCUCUUUUCUUUUAUAUGGAUGGAACUCCUUAACAUUGAUUCCAAGUAGAAAAAGUAAAAAAACUAUUCAAUCA